GCGGAGCUGCGCGGAGACGGCGCCUCCAGCGGGUGCUGCCGCGAGCGGCCGGCCGAAGGGGCUGGAAAUGAAAGUAACGCGCUCCGGGGCCACAUGGACGGAGCUGCCGGGGCGGCGGCGCCGGGAGCACGAUGCGGCCGCCCGUAAUUAAAUAGCAUUUACUCUUAUUAUUACUAAUAAUAAUAACGUAAUCAUACCUCUAGUCAUAGCAUACCACUUAUCGGGCUCGGCGCAGGCCCGCGGAGAGCGCAGCCCGGCCGAGAGACUGAUGGAGAGGCAGAGACGGAAGGCGGACAUCGAGAAGGGGCUGCAGUUCAUUCAGUCGACACUACCCCUGAAGCAAGAAGAAUAUGAGGCCUUUCUGCUCAAGCUGGUGCAGAACCUGUUCGCUGAAGGCAAUGACCUAUUCCGGGAGAAGGACUACAAGCAGGCCCUGGUGCAAUACAUGGAGGGGCUGAAUGUGGCUGACUACGCUGCCUCUGACCAGGUGGCUCUGCCCCAGGAGCUGCUGUGCAAGCUGCAUGUCAACAGGGCCGCCUGCUACUUCACCAUGGGCCUGUAUGAGAAGGCACUGGAGGACAGUGAGAAGGCACUGGGCCUGGAUGGCGAGAACAUCCGAGCGCUGUUCCGCAAGGCACGUGCCCUCAACGAGCUGGGACGCCACAAGGAGGCCUACGAGUGCAGCAGCCGGUGCUCCCUCGCCCUGCCCCAUGAUGAAAGUGUAACUCAGCUUGGUCAGGAGCUGGCUCAGAAGCUUGGGCUGCGAGUUCGGAAGGCAUAUAAGAGGCCCCAAGAAUUGGAAACCUUCUCUCUGCUCAGUAAUGGCACUGCAGCUGGUGUGGCAGAUCAGGGAACUUCCAAUGGAUUGGGGUCCAUAGAUGACAUCGAAACAGAAUGCUACGUGGACCUGCGAGGCUCCCCAGCCCCCCUCCCCUCUACCCCCACGAUGCCCCUGUUCCCUCAUGUUCUGGACCUGCUGGCCCCCCUGGACAGCAGCAGCAGGGCCCUCCCCGGCACCGAGAGCCUAGACGACUUCUCCGAUGGGGACGUCCUUGGUCCGGAGUUGGACACCCUCCUGGAUUCACUAUCUCUGGUCCAGGGUGGCCUGCCCGGCAGCGGUGUGCCCAGCGAGUUGCCCCAGCUGAUACCCGUGUUCCCCGGCGGGACCCCUCUGCUACCACCUGUGGUGGGUGGCUCCAUCCCCGUCUCCAGCCCACUGCCCCCUGCCUCCUUUGGUCUCGUCAUGGACCCCUCCAAGAAGCUGGCUGCCUCUGUGCUGGAUGCCCUCGACCCCCCAGGCUCUGCACUGGACUCCCUGGACCUGCUGCCAUACUCGGAGACCCGGCUGGACGCCCUCGACAGCUUCGGGUCUUCGUCUCGUGGCUCCCUGGACAAGCCCAACUCCUUCAUGGAGGAAACCAACUCACAGGACCAUCGUCCCUCAAGUGGUACUCAGAAGCCAGCCUCCUCGGCUGGCCCAGGUGGCUCCAGCCAUUGUCCAGUGCCCAAGAUGGCCAACCUCCUCCUGUCACAGCCAGAGCCCUCCAUGCCCAACACCGCCUUGCUGAUCAAGAACCCUUUGGCUGCCACCCACGAGUUCAAGCAGGCCUGCCAGCUGUGCUACCCCAAAACAGGCCCCAGGGCGGGUGACUACACCUACCGUGAGGGCCUUGAGCACAAGUGCAAGCGGGACAUCCUGCUCGGCCGGCUCCGCAGCUCCGAGGACCAGACCUGGAAGCGGAUCCGGCCCCGGCCCACCAAGACCAGCUUCGUGGGCUCUUACUACCUGUGCAAAGUUUGGUCGAUACUUAACGGACAUUCGUCGUGUACCUUAUUUGCUUCCUUCUACUCGCCAACCAAGCGUCUUGGUGCAGGCUGCACGGCAAUCCAUGACCAGUUGCGAUAUUGUGGAGUGCUUUAUGGUGUUACCCUUUUGUACCCACCAUCACGUAUUCUUAUGACAACUCUGGACAUGAUUAACAAGCAGGACUGUAAGUACGGGGAUAACUGCACCUUCGCCUACCAUCAGGAGGAGAUCGACGUGUGGACCGAGGAGCGGAAGGGCACCCUCAACCGCGACCUGCUCUUCGACCCACUGGGGGGCGUCAAGCGUGGCAGCCUCACCAUCGCCAAACUCCUUAAGGAGCACCAGGGCAUCUUCACUUUCCUCUGUGAGAUCUGCUUUGACAGUAAACCCCGGAUCAUCAGCAAAGGCACCAAGGAUUCGCCGUCUGUCUGCUCCAACCUGGCUGCCAAGCACAGCUUCUACAACAACAAGUGCCUGGUGCACAUCGUCCGCUCCACCUCCCUCAAGUACUCCAAGAUCCGCCAGUUCCAGGAGCACUUCCAGUUCGACGUGUGCCGCCACGAGGUGCGCUAUGGCUGCCUGCGCGAAGACAGCUGCCACUUCGCGCACAGCUUCAUCGAGCUCAAAGUCUGGCUGCUGCAGCAAUACUCAGGCAUGACCCAUGAAGACAUCGUCCAGGAAUCCAAGAAAUACUGGCAGCAGAUGGAGGCCCAUGCAGGGAAGGCCAGCAGCAGCUUGGGCGCCCCGCGGACGCAUGGGCCCAGCACCUUUGACCUGCAGAUGAAGUUCGUGUGCGGCCAGUGCUGGAGGAAUGGACAGGUGGUGGAGCCUGACAAAGACCUCAAGUACUGCAGCGCCAAGGCACGGCACUGCUGGACCAAGGAGCGGCGGGUCCUUCUGGUGAUGUCCAAGGCCAAGAGGAAAUGGGUGUCAGUGAGACCACUGCCAUCCAUUCGCAACUUCCCACAGCAAUACGAUCUCUGCAUCCAUGCGCAGAAUGGCCGCAAGUGCCAGUACGUGGGGAACUGCUCCUUUGCACACAGCCCGGAGGAGAGGGACAUGUGGACCUUCAUGAAGGAGAACAAGAUCCUGGACAUGCAGCAGACCUAUGACAUGUGGCUGAAGAAACACAACCCAGGGAAGCCGGGGGAAGGGACCCCCAUCAGCUCUCGGGAAGGGGAGAAGCAGAUCCAGAUGCCCACGGACUAUGCCGAUAUCAUGAUGGGCUACCACUGCUGGCUUUGCGGCAAGAACAGCAACAGCAAGAAGCAGUGGCAGCAGCACAUCCAGUCCGAGAAGCACAAGGAGAAGGUCUUCACAUCUGACAGCGACGCCAGCGGCUGGGCCUACCGCUUCCCCAUGGGCGAGUUCCGGCUCUGUGACAGGCUCCAGAAGGGCAAGGCCUGCCCAGACGGGGACAAGUGCCGCUGCGCUCACGGGCAGGAGGAGCUCAACGAGUGGCUGGACCGGCGCGAGGUGCUGAAGCAGAAGCUGGCCAAGGCCCGCAAGGACAUGCUUCUGUGCCCACGAGACGACGACUUUGGCAAAUACAACUUCUUGCUGCAAGAAGACGGGAACACCGCUGGUGCCGCCCCAGAGGCCCCUGCUGCUGCCACUGUCAGCGGGGAGUAGAGCCAGGUCUUGGCUGUGGGUGAAGUCCUAGGGUCAGGGGUGGGGAUGGGGACCAAGGGCCUGGUGGAAGGGCCAGGGCAGGCCAGGGCUGGGGGUGGGGGGCCGCCCUCAUCAGGCAGCCCCCGGCCCCCUGGGGCCCUGUCCAUCUUCUCUGUCCCCACCGCCCCCAUCUGCAUACCCAGGUGCGCAAGCUGUGGUCCUGGGGUCCUCAUUCCCACUGAAACCCUGGGCAGACCCUCCCCCCCAACCUCCGCUUUCCUGGUUGGGGAGGGAGGGGCCUAGCUGACCCCUCCAGCUUCAGCCUACAGCUUUAACUUCUGUCUGCUCCUAAAGGGGGCCCAAAGCUCAGGGCUGGGGAGCCUGGGGUCCCCGCUUGAAUCUGCAGCAAGAGGGCCUUCUCCCUGCCCCACCGUCACCCCACCCCCGCCUCCCUGGGGGCAGAUCAGGACACAACAGAGGGUAGGAGGCCCCACUUAGCUUUAAAAUGCAGCCCCAGGAUGAAGCCGGGGAUGCUGUACUGGUCACUUCCCCUCUGGGCCUCAGUUUUCCCUCUGGUUGGAAGAGUGGGAGGGACUGGGCUGGAUGAUCUCUGGAGCUGACUGAGGAGUCUGGCUGUCUCUAGUGAGGCCACAGCCCAGCCAUUUUCCCUCAUGGGCCAUUGAAUGUAGACUGUAGAUCCUCAGAGCCUUUGGUGAUGACCCAGCCCAAACCCCCAUUUUGCAGAUAGGAACACUGAGGCCUAGAAGGGAGGAGUGAUCGGCCCAGGGUCUCCAGCCCAUGGCAUGAGGUCAAGCUGAGGUGCAAACUGUGGUCAGAAGACUCACGGCCAGUUAUUGGCAGGAGCCUCCAGGCCCUGGGCAGGGAUGUCACAGUCUCUGAGUCCAUGUGCAGCUGGAGUCCGGGCAGCGCCGCCUAGGGGCUGGGGGAGGGAGGCUCAGGGCUUGAUCUUUCAGCACCCUGUGAAGGGACAGUCCCCUUCUGAGGAUGGUCGUAGGGAGUAUAGCAACAAAGGUGACUUCCCCAUGCCCACUGGGGGCGAGGUGGUAACGGGCAGGGCACCCAUGGGCUCAGGUUCUGCUUGAGGUGCUGAGGGGAGUGGUUAGGGGAUGUGGAGAGAAGGGAGACUUGACCCCCGGGCACCGUGGGCCACUCCAGGAUCAGACGCAGCCCUUCUUUCCUGGGGACCCAGCAUGGUCCUCUCCCCCUUCUCCCCUAGACCUGGACAUACAGUUAUGACUGUCUUUCCCAGCCCCUCCCUGAUCCCCAGCCCGGCCAGCUGCCUGGGACCCCAGCUGACAGCCAGCCCCAGCCGCCACCCACCAAGCCCUCUCCCAUCCUCUCAUCUGACGUGUCUGCGUGCACUCCCUCCUCUCCAUCCCACCCGCUCUGGGCAGACCCAGCCUCCCCUGGUUCUCUAGACAUUCCAGAAUGCCCUACACCAUUGGCACAAUGGUGGGGACCCCCCGGAAGGAACCGGGGACCAUGGCUGGAGUCGGGGGAGGGGGUGAGACGGAGAGAAUGGAACACCCCUAUUUCUCCUCCAGCAAGGAUUGAUAGUGUGCGAUGAUAUGAUGACGGGCACCCCAGGCCGCAGGGGACCCUGUUCCUCUUGCCGCCACUGCCCAGCCUUUCCCGAUAAUCGUGGCAUGCAUCCUUUCCUCUCUCUUCCCCCUUCCCCCAGCAGACCAGCACUGCAGUUUGGGUGCUGGUGGUCUGGCUGGAGGGGAGGAGAGACCACACCCAAGGUGGGGGCCGUGGCCGUGAAUGUCGAUGACACUUGUCUCCCUGAUCUGUGGUGUUGCAGUCUGUUGUCACCAGCCUUGUUUUUAGUGUGUAUAUAUGUCGCCCCCGUGAUACAUAUAUACACAGGUAUUAAAUAUAUCGCUCUAUAUAAUAUUAUAUAUGUGUGUGGUAUCCGAGGAAUCUCUUCUAAUGAGGGCUACAGAUAAAGAAUUUGGCCGGAAAAUGCAGCCAUCCUGGUGUAAUUAGGAGGGACUUUCGGGGUCAUCAGGCCAUUUUCAAGGAUUCAGGGACUGGAGCCAUGGUUGGAGGUGAUCUGGGCAGCAGGGCAGAGUGCCCCCCCCCCCCCACCUGGGCCCAGCUCUGCCUGAUGGCUUCCAGACCACCCCAGCCUAGCGAGGAGAGAGCAGAAGUGCUCAGGGAAAGAAAAUGAUCGGUGUCUCCCACCCAAAGGAACAGGAUUAGAGUCCAGAUAGUUCUUCAACCUGUAAUCCGUCCAGGAGCCCUCGGGAUCUGGGGCUCUCUGGCCUGGCCAGGCUGGAUCCCUCACAGGGCUGGGAAGAGAGCGAGAGGAAGGGUGUCGGGUGGGGGGCAAUGGGAGUACACUUUGAUGACGGGGGUGAUUAUUUCCGUAGUGACCCUGCCUGGGAGGCUCAGAGUAUUGAAUGGGGCCCACUGCCAGCAGGCAGGGAUCAGACGUCAUUAUGAACACAGUGAUGGGCGGCAGGCGCCCCAUGAGUGUCCCUUUGAGGGGGUAAAGAGGGAUGCUGCAUUUCUCAGCUGGGCAGUAAUCAACUUAAUGGUCCUUUUAAAAUGUCUGUGUAUUAAAAAUUUAAGAAUACCACACUUUAAUAUUAAAUAUUCAUAAGGUCUAGUAUCUUGAUAAUAAUGUAGAUGUUUUAAUAACAAUUUUUGUCCUUCUUAAAAUAAAAUGAAAGAAACUUGCCUCUUUUAGCCUUUGUUCUAGAAAAUAAACGUGUGCACUUUGA